AUGUUAUGCACCGAGAAAGAUAUUCAAUCAUUUUGUUCACUGAUUAUUCGUCGCCUCAAUAGCUUUGAGUUGGCUUCUCGCAAGUUACGAUACAUUUUGUUAGUUUAUGUUUUAGUCUACUCAGCAGCAGGUGAUGUUUACAUUUUUCUUGGGGUUAUUGUAAGGGUUUACAGCGAUUUUUUAGCAAAUUUAAUUGCAAUUAUCGGAAUUUUUAUCCUACCACUUCUCGGAUUAUUUGGUCUUGUUUUCGGCAGUUUAAUCACAGAGCUCGAUAAGUUAAUGAUUAGACUGCACCAACUUACCUUGAAGAGUAAACUCUCAAGGAGUACGAUGAGCAAGGUUUGGGAGAUUAUGUAUCGGGUAGAUGGACCGCACAAUGGUGUCAAGAUAGGAGACUUUCUUACUCUUGAGAAAACCUUCUUCAUAUUGUUCAUCUUGGAAAAUAUAUCAACUUUAAUGCUGUUCACGGUAAACAUUGGACCUAUGAUUGAACAGUAAAUCUUGCUCAUUGAUUGAGUUCUUUAAUCGCAAACGCUCUCUGUUAUAAAUGCGUAAACGUUAAAUCUUGUUUGCUUUAAGAUCUUUUAUUAAGCAAUUAUUCAUUCAAAAUAAAAAACAUUGCAUCUUUCA